AUGAGGAUGGAGACGAAUUCAGUCGAUGUAGAUGUGGACAUGGAUGACCAGGAUGAGGAGAGUGUAGAGGACGAAGAAGAAGAGAGUGGACUGCAAUGGCCAUGCCGUUGGUCUUCAUGGUUCCGAACUCCAGCUGUUUGUUGUGUCCAGGUAGCUGAAAGAGUAGUCCAGGUUGCAACAGCACGAACAGUACUAGUCCGAUCAGUAUGGGACCCCAAUCCGCCAUUGUUGCACUGCACCUUCUUUUCUUAG